CACUCGGCCACUCCCUCCAGUCUCCACACACACGCGCGCCAUUGCCGCUGCUGCUCAUCGUACUCCCAAAUGGAGCAGCCUGCAUUCCCCUCUUGCUCCGUGGAGCGCAUUCGCUCCAGCACAGGGAAGCUGUGACGCAUCGCCGCCGCCAAAUCCUCCACCCGACGGCUAACGCUUUUCUCUCGGGUCUAGUCGGGGUGGAGAUCCGUCAAGGCCAUCUCGUCGCGUUGUUGGUCAGUAAUCCUAGCUCGCUUGGACGAAGCAACCAGCACUAUGGUUCUUGGAUGACAAAAUUGGAGCAGGCCACUGCUCACACUGCGGCGGUGUCCAUUUCUUCGUGUCUCGGUUCUUGGCCCCGUCCUUCCUGAUUUCUCUGCUUUUCAUACUGAAAAAAUCCUCAAACCUUUCAUCCUUAAUCCCCUUUCUCGGUUCCAAGGGAGCUUAAACCCUACCCUACUGCCUUUUUCAUCUUAAGCUCCGUAUCUCGAAAAAUCCAUCCCAUUUGCAUGAGCAUUGCUUCAAUUGCCUGGCUGCACAGCAGGAUCUUGCGAUGCGGCUCAUCUUGUUGUGGCUCUCGAUCUGGGCCGUGUGCUCCGCUGCCUCGGCGGGGGCUGGUUCAGACAUGGAGGCACUGCUGGAGUUCUCCCGAGGCAUCCGGCAAGACCCGUCCCGCCGCCAGGCCAUUCCCUGGAACCCCACCAGCGCGCUGGACUCCGACGACUGCCCCGUUGAUUGGCACGGCGUGCAGUGCAUCGGCGGGCAGAUUCUUUCCAUUGCGUUCGACGGCAUUGGUCUCGUUGGAAAUGCUAGCUUGUCGGUGCUAGCGAGGAUGCCGGUGCUCCGGAACUUGUCCCUGUCAGACAACAAGCUAGAAGGGUUCUUGCCGGGUGAGCUGGGGUCGAUGGCGUCGUUGCAGUUGCUGGAUCUGUCCAACAACAGGUUCUCCGGUUCAAUUCCGUCUGAGUUGACUAAGCUGGCAGGUUUGGGCUAUCUCAAUCUCUCUUCCAAUGGUUUUCGUGGCGCAUUGCCGUUGGGUUUCCGGAACUUGAGGAAAUUGAAGUACUUGGACCUUCAUGACAAUGGCUUCACUGGCAAAUUGGACGACGUAUUCGCGCAGCUGCAGAGCCCAGUCCAUGUUGAUUUAAGCUGCAACCAGUUCUCGGGGUCCUUGGCAUCGAUCUCUGACAACUCAUCUGUGGUUAGCACGCUUCAGUACUUGAAUGUUAGCCACAAUGUGCUGUCAGGGACAUUGUUUGACAGUGUUCCGAUGCCUUUGUUCGACAGCCUUGAGAUUUUUGAUGCGAGUUUUAAUAUGCUCAGUGGCAACAUCCCGCAGUUUAAUUUUGUCAUCUCCCUCAAGGUGCUGCGCCUGCAGAACAAUAAUUUUUCUGGCUCCAUCCCAGAAGCAUUCUUUAGGGAGACGUCUAUGGUGCUGACUGAACUUGACCUUAGUUGCAACCAACUUACAGGUCCAAUUAGACGUGUGACAUCAACAAACUUGAAGUACUUGAACCUGUCACACAAUAAUCUUCAGGGAACUUUACCGAUCACAUUUGGAAGCUGUUCAGUAGUUGAUUUGAGUGGAAACAUGCUGUAUGGGAACUUAUCAGUUGCCCGAACAUGGGGAAAUUAUCUCCAGAUGGUUGAUUUGAGCUCAAACAGAUUAACAGGAAGUUGGCCAAAUGAGACAACCCAGUUUUUAAGGCUGACAUCUUUGAGGAUUUCCAACAACUUGCUAUCAGGAGAACUGCCAAUUGUCCUUGGAACCUAUCCAGAGCUGAUUUUCAUUGACCUCAGUAUUAAUCAGCUGCAUGGACCUUUGCCUGGAAAUCUGUUUACAGCGGUUAAGCUGACUUUUCUUAAUCUUUCAGGCAACAGUUUUACAGGGACUCUCCCCCUUCGAAAUUCCGAUACCAAGAACUCGACUUCUAUAGACUUGUCCAUUCUUCCUGUGCAAACUUCAAACCUCUCCUAUGUUGAUCUUUCAAGCAAUUUUUUGCACGGCUCACUGCCUAUGGGCAUUGGUGAUUUGAGCGCGUUGACAUUGCUGAACCUUCGUCAGAACAACUUUACUGGCGAAAUCCCAAGAACAAUCACCAAACUUAAGAAUCUCUUAUACAUUGACUUAUCAAGCAACAAUUUCAAUGGUAGCAUACCUGAUGGCCUCCCUGAUGAUCUGGUCGAAUUUAAUGUUUCCUACAACUACCUGUCUGGCUCUGUUCCAAGUAAUUUACUGAAAUUCCCAGAUUCAUCUUUCCAUCCAGGGAACGAAUUGCUCGUUCUUCCUCGCUCUGAAUCAUUAAAUGGUUCUGACAAAUCAGAUGAGGCAAGACACGGCUUGAAGCGUGGGAUUCUAUAUGCAUUGAUUAUCUGUGUUGUUGUAUUUGUUACUGGGAUUAUUGCGCUUUUGCUUGUUCAUUGGAAGAUCAGUAGCUGGAAAAGUAGGGAAAAAGGUACUGGCCAAGGUAAACAUGUGGGUCAAGUCCAGAGUGCUCAGAGAAGUGCAGAAAUUUCAACAACUGAAAUGCAUGAUGUAGCAUUAGAAUCGUCACCUUCUGCAGAGUAUGGAGCUGUUUCAUUGCCUGGCAAGGAAAGACGACAUGAAGCCCAAGAUGCGCCAAUUGAUGCUGCUUAUUUCAACGAACCAGCAGGUAGUAGCUCAGCCCGUAAAGACAGCACAAAGUCUUCGAUGCCUUCUUUAUCAUCGUCGCCUCCUGAUGCACGCUCCCAGCAUCAUCACUCUAUCCUUAGAGUGCACUCUCCUGAUAAACUGGUUGGGGAUUUACAUCUUUUCGACAAUUCAGUUGUGUUCACGGCUGAAGAGCUCUCUUGUGCCCCUGCUGAGAUAAUUGGCAGGAGCUGCCAUGGGACAUCCUACAAGGCUACACUUGAUAACGGGUACAUGCUGACAGUGAAGUGGCUGAAGGAGGGCUUUGCUAAGAGUAAGAAAGAAUUUUCCCGUGAAAUAAAGAAGCUUGGCAGUGUAAGGCACCCCAAUCUUGUCCCCUUGCGUGGCUACUACUGGGGCCCCAAAGAGCAUGAGAGGAUCAUGAUAUCAGACUAUGCAGAUGCCACAUCUCUGUCUACCUACUUGUCUGAAUUUGAUGAGCGGAAUCUCCCACCCCUAUCAGCUGGACAGCGGCUGAACAUUGCGAUUGAUAUUGCCCGCUGUCUAGAUUACCUGCACAACGAGCGGGUGAUUCCACAUGGCAACAUCAAGUCGUCUAACGUCCUGAUUCAGAACUCCACUCCAUCUGCUCUGGUGACUGACUACAGCCUUCACAGGCUGAUGACUCCAAUCGGCAUGGCGGAGCAGGUCCUAAACGCCGGCGCGCUAGGAUAUUCCCCUCCUGAGUUUUCAAGCACCAGCAAGCCAUGCCCAUCUCUGAAGAGCGACGUGUAUGCCUUCGGUGUCAUCCUGCUGGAGUUGCUGACAGGGAAGAUUGCCGGUGAGAUCAUCUGCAUGAACGAUGGCGUGGUCGACCUGACCGACUGGGUGAGGAUGCUGGAUCUGGAGGAGCGUGUCUCGGAGUGCUACGACAGGCACAUCACGGGUGUUGAGAGCUCGGAAGGCGCCCCACAGGCACUGGAUGGCAUGCUGCGCAUCGCCCUCCGGUGUAUCCGGUCAGCAUCGGAGAGGCCGGAGGUCCGGACGGUGUUUGAGGAUCUCUUGUCCUUAUCGUCGUGACCGUAGUUAUUGGUAGUGUACAUCUCGUACUUGCAUCAGCUUGUGGAAACUUGGAGGGUAUACUAACAAUUGCUAGGAUUUCGGGGUGAUCAGGUGAUGUGUGUGUAGUCUCCUUGAGCAUUCAUUGUUUGGGUCGCUCUUUCUGGGAAUAGUUGAUUCGUUUUUAGUUAGUCCACAAUUUUAGCAGUAGAUGAUUGUGAGAAUAAUGUUUGUGCAUUGUGAUUUCAGACACUAGAAAGGAAAAUAAAGAUAGUCUUAUUGAUUUGUUGCUC